AUGAAAAUCAAAUUAGAGAAGUUGGAGAAAAAGGAAGAGGCAGAAGGAAUGAUAGUAGUUGAUCUUAAUAAAUUUGCACAUGAAAGUUCUUUACAUGAAUCUAGAAUAGUAUUGCAUUCGGAAAUUGAUAUUCAUUGUUUAGUAUUAGUUUAUAUUUUAAUGUUGAUUGAUAUUCUCAAUACUAUUCAACCAAUACCUCCCAGUAUACUAGAAGAGGAUAAUAGAAUAUUAAAUACAUUUGCUGGUUUUGCCGGAAAUGUAAAUAACGUGAUAGGAUCAGGAAUUUUUACCACACCAGGAAUCGUUUGGCAAACAGUUGGUUCACCUGGUGCGGCAUUGAUUUUAUGGAUGUUGGGUGGGUUAAUAAGUUUUUGUGGAUCACUUACAUACGUUGAGUUUGGAACUAUAACAUUAGAAAGUGGCGGUGAAGUUGCCUUUUUUAAAAGGGCAUUCCCUGUUCCCCAAAUGCUUAUGAGCUACGUUUUUAGUUUCGUAUGGAUUUGGCCUGCAACUAUAGCAGCGGUAUUACAAGCAUUAUCACAAUAUUUUUUAUUUGCUAUUUUACCACAUCCUGAUGAGAAUGAUAUAACAGAAAAUAAAGCAAAAUACUGUGAUGAUUCAAUACGAUUUUAUCAACAAUUACAUCCAAAUAAUGGCUGGAAUAUGGAAUUUUGGCUAUUAAAAUCGGUUGGAAUAACAUCUUUGUCACUUAUUACAUGCUAUCACAUGCGUUCAAAUGUUUGUGCAAAUAUAAUAAACCAAGCAUUGGCUACAGUUAAAAUGACCACCCUAACUGUCAUAAUAAUAAUUGGAUUUGUCAAACUUUUUACAACUGACCUUAAUGAUACUAAUUGGAUAAAUUUAUUCAAAGGUUCUACCGUCGCACCUCCAAAUCUUGCUAUCGUGAGCUCGGAUGAUAUAAAUAAACCUGGAAAAGAUUUCAAUGAAGUGAUAGCGGCUUUUUUUGCUAAAAAAAUAGGCGGUGAAAAAUUUGCAAGAGCAUUGGCUUUUUUUGUUUCUCUAUCGGCUUUCGGUGCAGCAUCCUCUAUGACAUGGAGUGGUUCUCGUGUUAUUGUAGCUGCUGCAAAAGAUAAUCUUAUACCAUUUUAUUCUGAUGGUUUAAAAAGAUGGCAUAAUGAAUAUUUCACGCCUUAUAAUGCUCUUAUAGUGCAAUAUUUAUGGUGCAUAAUAGUGUUCAUCACAAUUGGUGGCGCAUUCUCUUCAGAUUCAUUUAAAGUGCUAUCAGACUUUGGCACAUAUGUUGUGUGGAUUUUUUACUUUCUUGCUAGUGUUGGCUUAUUGGUAAUAUUUGCAAUUGGUUCAGCUUAUGAAGAUACGAUUCUUUAUGUUGACAAGUUUCCUCCUGAAGAUGGCAAACAAAGAGCUCAAAGAGUUGAAAAAAGAAGGGGAGGAAAUUCUGGUAAUACAUUAACAGUAUUAUCACAAUUUCCAUUGACACGUUGCCAUUUCAUGGCAUCUAUGGCAUCAAAAGAAGCAUCUGCAUUUCUAAUACAAGAUUUUCAAGCCCAUAAUAUAAAAACUUCUGCGUGUAUAUAUAGAAAUAAUGCAAGUCAUGCGCCAGUAGCGUAUAUAAUACACGCAGAUAAAAUAGUCGAAGAUGACGAUAAGAUUAUACCUUUUAAUUGGAUUCAUUUUGAAGGACGUAAUGCAGAAGAAGAGGCGAAGAUGAUUGAUUAUAUUGACACUAAAGAAUGGAGAUCUAAAGCUAUGGUUAGCGUAGAAAUGGAAAAACCGUAUCGUAGAAAUUUAGAAGUCUUGAUGCAUAGAGCCGAUGUAUUAUUUUUUUCAAAAGUUUUUGCUGAAGGGAAAGGAUACAAUGACGCAGGAAAUUUUUUACAAAUAAUGGCACCAUUUUGUAAAAAUACCGCAUAUUUGUUUUGUACAUGGGGAAGUUCAGGUGCCAUGUGUUAUCACAAUCCAACACAAAUGCUGUAUAAUUCUCCUGCUUUUCCAAUACCCAAUAUUGUUGAUUCUGUAGGAGCAGGUGAUACAUUUAUUGCUGGGGUGAUCUAUGGAUUAACUCAAGAAUUAUCACCUGAUGUUUGUUUAAAAUUUGCGUGUGAAUUAGCAGGACGUAAAUGUGCACAGAUUGGUUUUAAUAAAGUUGUGGAGAGAAUGGGAAAAUUGUUUUAA